AUGUGCGAAAAAUUAAAGGACGAAGUGUUCAAAGAUGCAGAUAAAAUUAUAAAAUAUUCUAAGCGGUUUUGCACGUCAGAUGAUGAUAAAAUAACGUCUGCGUUGGAAUUAAAUAAAAUUAAAAUUGAGGGUUACAUGAGAAACAUAAAAAUCGAAGAAUUAAAAGUAAUUAGAAGCAUAGAAACGCUUGAUUUAAAUAAUUUCUAUUUACUCAGUCUAUACUUGAAAGACAUCUAUUAUAUUUUCCUCCAUUUUGUUACUCAUCUGACGAAUGAAGAAGAGAAAACCUUGAAACAACAGGAGAAUAUUAGAAAUGCCUUUUUAUUUAACACUGAAAUACAAAAUUACGAUUCGUUCUUAGAAUUUGUGAAGAAACGCAUGUUGUGUCGGUUAAGUAAGAAAGACGUUACCACGCAAGCUAACAACCUUACAUUUAGCAAAGAUUCAUCUAUUGAUGUUACUUCUAACGUGAAUGAAUCUAGAUGUGUUACCUCCAACUAUGUUUCAACUGAGGAUCCACCAUUAGAUAAAGAACCCAUGAAAGAAAACCUUACACACCAUUGCAAAGAGCACCAUGAGUACAAGUCUAUGAACGAAUCGCAGAAAAAGAAUGAAUCAAAAUUUGAAUACAUAAAUGAACUUUUUCAGGAUUUAUAUUCUAAGGACGAAAUUACACUUCUGAACAUCGAUAAAACAGUAAAUGAUAGAGUUAAAAAAGAAAAUAAUUUUGACAAAUGCAUCCGAAUCAAUAAUAAUAUUAGUAUAUAUAAACUAUCCUAUCUAUAUUUCAAUGACAAGUUAAAGAGACUUAGAUUGGAUUAUAAUUUCCACUUUUUGCUUCAUAACAGAAGAAGAGAUAACAUAAGCAAAAUCACGGCACAUACCACUAAAAAUAUUUCUACAGGAGAACAUGCUUCCUCAGAAAUGGUUACUCUAAUUUCAAAUAACAAACCUACAAGUGACAGCACGCACACAAAAACAGAUUUUACUAUUGAGCAUGUCCCUCUCGGGAAAGAACAUCUCUUUCUUAUUUAUCUCUCCCAUUUAAAAUAUUACAUUGUCUCUUUUUUUUUGUAUUCAUACGUGAGAUUCACAAAUGCAAACAAAGGGUGUAACGAAUCAUAUAGACCCAAAAAUGAGGACGAAGGGAAGAUUGCACCCGGAUCGAAAUCCACAGUCACUAUUAGAGAAAAUGCACGUACCAAAAAUAAAACCGAUGGAGAGAAAGAACAAUUCUUGUACAACCACGAAGUUAACAGGAAAAAUGUCGAGAGCGUGUCUUCUUACCUUACCAAUUUUGUGAAUAAGGUUAUACACGACAUAGAUUUUAACCUGAAAACGAAUCAGCUAGCUACUAACAUAGAUGUAGGAACAGAAAAAAAGGAAAUAGGAUCACUCACCAGCGAAUUGAUAAAUGAUAUUUUGAAAAAUAAACUUUCGUUUAAACAUAUAACAUUAAGUCAUCUUGACCUCACUCUAUCGUAUAUGGUUCUCUUGAAUUUAUACAAUCCAAAUUGUAUGCAGUCUUAUCUUUACUAUAGAACUACCUUUUCUCAUUUUUUUCACCACUUCGAGAAGUAUACGACAUCAAUUAAUCUAUGGAGAGAACUUCAUAGAGCGAACUACUUCUGCUUCUUUGAGGACAUGAAGAAACUCUCUUUCAUUGAGCGAUGUUGCAUCUUUCCAAAUUUAAAACAAAUUCGAAUCGAUUAUUUACACAGCCUGUUAUAUUCAGCCAAUAAUCGUAACAAAUUUUCUUUAAGUUUGAAUAUCAUAGAUGAGUGUAUAGCUAUGCAUAAUAUUCACAGAACUUCAUACAUGUUAGAGUGUCUGGGGAUAUAUAAAAAGAAUGAACGAAUAUAUUUUAACAUGUCGAAUAGAAGAGUUGAAACAGGGAGUAUAGAAGAUAUGCCCAGAUGUCUUCUUGUAGAUAAUAAGUAUGAAUGCGUUCAGAAUUUUUUUAAAAAAUAUCAUGACACGCUAGAAGAUUAUGUUUAUAUUAUUUAUGGAGAAAAAACAUUAAACCGGGAAAAAUGUUUUCAUAAAUUUGACUUGUCUGAUAUAGUUUGCUUCAACCCAUAA